GGCAAUUUGAAAUUUACACAAGACGUACGGACGGUGAAAGCAAUUACCAGGCAUUAACCCUGACAACAACUCGCACCACGCUACCGCGUGGUUUUGGUUUUUCUUUUGGGGUUUUGAUGGAUCGAAAUUUUUUCUAAUUAGGAUUGGACAAACUCAAACGAGAAUCUUGAAAGCUCCUUGGAAAAAACAACAGAAUUCCGCACCAAAUUUCUAACAACAAAUUAUCCCAGCACCGUACCAACCAAACCCCUAAUAAAAAAAAAAAUCCCCAUCCUCUUGCUUCCCCCUCCCAAUUUCCCUCUCCUCUGUUACCACACCAAAACUCUCUCCCACAUCAAGCAACUCACCACGGAGGAGAAGUAAAACAAGAAAAUAAAAAUAAAAAAUAAAAAAAAAAUAAACACGAUGAUGAUCCAUUCUCUCUUCCUCCUCCUCGUCGUCCUCUCUUUCCUUUCCCUGCUUACCAGUACCUUCGGGUCCUCAGCCGAUGAUGCUUCUUCUGCCGCCAAUUGCUCUUCUUCCUCCACCUGCGGCGGCGUCGAGAUCUCCUAUCCGUUCUGGCGCUCCGACGGUCCUCCGUCUUUCUCCGCCGUCCACUGCGGCUACCCCGGAUUCGGGAUCGCCUGCGAAGAAGACAAGCAGCAGCCUAUCCUCCAGAUCGGCUCCGGCCACUCCUACAAGGUCACCAAUAUCGAUUACGCCAACCGCACCAUCAACCUCACCGACAUGGAUGUCAUCCUAGCGACCCCCGACACGAUUGGGUGCCCGAGAUCCCUCCACAACUUCACGUUCUCCAGCGACGUCGCCUCUUCGCUGAAUUACACCGGCGCGGACGCCAACCUCACCUUCUUCUUCGGCUGCCCCGACCCUGCAGGCCUGCAGCCCGAUUUUCCGCACAACGUGAUUCCCUGCCUCGGCUACGAGGGCAACAGCACCUUCGUCUUCCGGAGUGACGACGUCCCGUAUAACUUUACUUUUUGGAGCGGCACGUGCGAGGACGUAGUGGUGGCGCCGGUGCUGCUUGAUAUCCUGGCGACGUAUAAUUUCAGCGAGGCGCUGAAUUACGGGUUCCAGCUGGCCUGGAUGGCGGGCGCUGCCGAAGGGUGCGGGGAAUGCGAGAGCUCCGGCGGGCGCUGCGGCUUCAACCAGACGAGCGCUUCUCCCCUCUGCUUCUGCCCCGACGGGACGCGAGCCGGCGGCGAUUGCCCUGGUUAUCAGAGUUCAAAGAAGAGUUGGAGAAAAGAAGUAUUCAUUGGAGUUGGAGGGGUUCUGUUUGUGUGCCUAUGUCUCGUUGCUUGUCUCUUAUAUUAUAAGAAGUCUUGUGACUUGCUAGUUUGUUGGAAGAAGAAAUCAAAGACUACGCCAAGUGUUGAAUCCUUCGUACAGAAAUACGGAUCCUUAAACACAAAAUGGUACAGAUAUUUAGAAGUAAAACGAAUGACGAAGUCUUUUGCUGACAAGUUGGGACAAGGUGGUUUUGGUAUUGUUUAUAAAGGAAGUCUUCCUAAUGGCCAUCUUGUUGCUGUGAAGAUACUAACAAAUUCUAAGGAAAAUGGGGAGGAAUUUAUCAAUGAAGUUGCUAGUAUUAGCAGAACAUCUCAUGUCAAUAUUGUUAGACUCUUAGGGUUUUGUUUAGAUGGAUCAAAGCGAGCUCUUAUUUAUGACUUUAUGCCGAACGGAUCGCUAGAGAGAUUUAUUUUUAACGACAGGUCUCAAAUAGAAUCUGCACUUGGCUGGAAUAAGUUAUUCGAGAUUGUAGUUGGUGUUGCUCGCGGGCUAGAGUAUUUGCAUCGUGGAUGCAACACCCGGAUAGUUCAUUUUGAUAUCAAACCUCAUAAUAUUUUAUUGGAUCGGGAUUUUUGUCCUAAGAUUUCUGAUUUUGGAUUGGCAAAAUUAUGCACUUCAAAAGAGAGCAUUAUCUCGCUGAUAGGUGCGAGAGGGACAAUUGGGUAUAUCGCACCAGAAGUCUUUUCUAGAAACUUUGGAGUUGUCUCAAGUAAAUCUGAUGUUUAUAGCUAUGGUAUGAUGGUACUUGAAAUGGUCGGAGGAAGAAAAAAUCUUAAUGUUACCACAACAAGUAGCAGCGCAACUUAUUUUCCUCACUACCUUUAUAAAAAUAUUAAUCAGUACUGUGUAGAAGCUUGUGGUGACAAUGGUGAGGCUACAGAGAUAGUUAGAAAGAUGAUUCUAGUUGCAUUAUGGUGUAUUCAAACCAUGCCAGAUGAUCGUCCUUCAAUGAGUAGAGUGGUAAAUAUGUUGGAAGGUGACAUCAGUGAUCUACAACUACCACCUAAGCCAUAA